UUGUCAUUUCCAAAUUACAUUUGAUUGGUGGAGGCCAGAGGUGAAAAUGAAGAACAUGAAUCCAUUGUACUGUUUAAUGUUGGUGAGUCUCACCCUUUGUGCUGCCGGAUCACAUUCAAUACACAAAAGAAGUAUUGCGCGUUUUCGUGAGAUGGUCGAAAACCUCACAGGAAUGCAUGCAUUGAAAUUUAAUGAAUACGGAAGAUGGUGUGGAUUAGGUGGGUCAGGUACACCAGUUGAUGCGAUUGAUCGAUGUUGUCAGAAACAUGACUAUUGUUAUGAAAGCGUCACCGCAGAUCAAUGCGAUCAACCUCAUAAAGUUUAUAUCGCCAAAUAUAAAUGGCAUUUUAAUAAUGGGAGAAUAACAUGUGACGAUUCGCGUCAAUGUGAACAGGCAACAUGUGAAUGUGACAGAAAGGCAACCAUGUGUUUCAAAGAACACCUUGACGAAUACGACCAGGGACACCAGUCAUUUGUUGGGAAGCUGUUACACAAAUUCGCUUCUGGAUGAUUUCUUAUCACAUUCGUUGUUUUCUCAUGUAUGUAUGUAUGUAUGUAUGUAUGUAUGUAUGUAUGUAUGUAUGUAUGUAUGUAUGUACACAUGUACCUACAUGCACGCGCACAUACACACACACUCACACACACGCACAUAUAUAUAUAUAUAUAUAUGUCAUACCACAUACACAUUUUACAUGCUUGUGAUCGGACAUCCUAAUGUCGGCAAGUAAGCCAAAUCUUCGAAGUCACUACCAACUUUUUCCUUGUAAAAGUUAAUAAAAAUUGCACUCUGUGGAAAAGUA